AUGUUUCCCACGACACUCUCCCUCGAUCACACCCACCCGGAAUACAUUUCAUCCUCGACGAUAUCGAAUCAACUCCCAUCCCGAAAGCCUUCAAACUACCAACGGGCAUUGGAGCUGCUGCUACAAUCGCCGAAAUCGACCGAGACGUCAUCGAUCCGAACCAUUCUAAAGCCAGUCAAGGCUAACUCCGAUUCGAGCGCGGUCCUUCUCGACGGGAAGCCACAGAUGUACCAGACCUACUACAAUAGCAUGGGAGGUUCUGUCACGAACCACAUUCAGAGUAACAACAACAACAACAACAACAACAACAUCAGCAACCUGAGCAUUGGGCAGAGUAGAAACCACCAGCGCACUCCCUCGACUUCGACCAUAGCAUCCACGGGUCCGUCAUCGCCGUUUAUGCAAUCGACGUCGUACCCACACAUUGCGAACACGGAACAGGCACCAAACUCACCGUCUUACCACCUUGAGUCAUACUACGGAAAGAACCUGCCGGUAACUUUCACCAACGCGGAGCGCGAGUGCGGUUUCGGCAACGCUGCUUUUAUGCCCAGUCAGGCGGCGCACAUGUCCAACGCGCAUCUUGCUAUGAAAGGAUUUGCCAUCGAUUACCACAACUCAGAGGAUUUCGCUACCGACUUUGCGUCGUCUCGACAGUCAAUGUCGAGUUACGGAAACAACUCGCCGGCGACGCCUCAAUCCGGGGUUGGCGAGAGCGAUGCGUCAAAGAAUUACUAUCCAUCCACAAAUGGAGCGCAACCGCAUCCCAAUGUUCAACUGUUCAGAACGGAAUCAGAAGCAUUUCGGGAUGAGCUGUAUAACCCAGAUGCUGUAUACAACAAUUCCACAAAUUUGAAGCCAGCGUCGAAUGUGGAUGCAAGCAGUGCCUAUCUGUCACCGCAUAGAAAUCUGAUAACAGAAAGGUUGCAAACCGCGAAUUUGGCACGGUCUACGUCACCAUCUGGUCUUUCAAGACAGAGAUCGCCUUUUCGAGACAACUCUCCCAUGGCGACCGACUGGAAACAAGUUGGUCCCGUCGCUACUGCAGCUAGCAUACGGCAGCACCAGGCGGACGAUUCGGUGCAAGCCGAGUUUGGUAGACAUCGUGCUCCACUCCGAAGAGAGCCCACCAAGACCAUCUCUCCCAAAGAUGCGCUGCUCGACUACACUGCCGACGUGGACCAGACGCCACUCUUCCAGGACAGCAUACCCACGGGCUACAAACAGCAUGUCGGAGCCACGGAAUCGUGGCCAAGCAGUUUUAUCAGCCAGGCCAGCGCCAACUUUCCCGGCAACAUGGUCAACGCCGGCCAAUACGACAUGAGUUUUCGGACUGCCGAUUACAAUCCCAUCAACUUUUCUGCAGGCAACACUCAAUUCCAAGCAAAUCAUCCUGCCGCCUCAACUCCCAAUUUCCCAGCAUCAAUACCAUCCAUGGAGACUUCCAUCAGCGACGCGGGCCCUCCGGCAUCAUCGCAGGAAAGUGUUAACAAYAACACCACAUCGGCGCCCCAACGACCUGCCGAUACACGUGCAAACACCGGGACCUACACUUGCACUUACCAUGGCUGUGUACAGCGAUUCGAGUCUCACGCACUGCUUCAAAAGCACAAGCGAGACUUCCAUCGCUCACAGCAAUCGAACCAGCUCGAGAAUGUGUCGUCGCCGCCAGAAGAUGAUGCCGUGGGAUCAGCAUCACCGCGAUCGGGGGAGGACUCACCGGGUCCAUCCGGUGCUGGCAUGACUUCUGCUGCAAUUCUCGCCAGAAAUUCCCAGGCUGGACCCCACAAGUGCACUCGAAUCAACCCAUCCACCAACAAGCCAUGCAAUACAAUAUUUUCCAGGCCAUAUGAUCUCACACGUCACGAGGACACAAUCCAUAACGGGCGGAAGCAAAAAGUCCGAURCCCAAUGUGCCGUGAGGACAAGACCUUCUCACGUAAUGACGCUCUCACACGGCACAUGCGGGUGGUACAUCCUGAAGUCGAAGCAUCUGGGAAGAGAGGGAAACGUGUCGAUUGA